ACGUCAGUGAGAAAAAAUGAAACUCGUGGCGAUCAUCGUAAUUUGUCUUGUUGGACGGGGACUCCAGGAGGAAGAUUUCGUCACAGAGGAUGGAGUUCUAGUUUUCGAUCCAUUGAAUUUUGAAACAGCCUUGAAGCAAUUUUCCGAUUUGAUGGUGAUGUUUUAUUCCCCCACAUGCAAGUUUAGCAAGGCGCUGUACCCUAAGUAUAGCAGCGCAGCAAAGCAAUUAAAGGAUAUGGGAUCGGACAUCAAACUGGCCAAGUUCGAUGCUCUUCGAUACGUAGAAUUCGCUCAACGAAGCGGUAUUCAUCAGUACCCAACGCUGGUGUUUUUCCGCUCCGGAGAUGCUAUCCCAUACGACGGACAACAUGAACAAGCAUCAAUCGUACGGUGGCUUUUACGAAGAACCAGAAAUGCUUCGGAAGAUGACUAUGUCCAAGAAUUGACGGCGGAAAACUUUCAUUCAACCAUUAGUUCGCAUCCGUUCAUUUUGGUGGAGUUUUACGCUCCCUGGUGUCCACGGUGUCAAGCAUUCGAACCGAAAUACGUGAAAGCAGCUCAAGAACUUUUCUGGAAAAAAUCCAAAAUAAAAUUAGCGAAGGUUGAUGUGACUCUGGAGAAACAACUAGUGUAUCAACAGGCCAUACAGAAGUUCCCCACGCUUCGACUGUACCGUCAUUCCGAUAUUCCAAUUGAUUACGAAGGAGAGCGAGAGCAGACUCCACUCAUUAACUGGCUGAUGACGAAUACUAGGCUUCCAGUUUCAGUUCACACAACAUCGAAAUCGACGAGCUACUCCAGUACCUCUCCGAGCACCCCCAGUAGACGUCGUAUUAUGAAUCGACCAGGUGAACAACAAUUGGAAGGAGCAGAUCGGAAUUCUUCUAGAAAUUCCCUUCCCGUGCUACUCAAUCUAUUUGUGAUGAUGAUGGUUGCGGUCGUGCUGAUGUGGUCAUAACGUAGCGUUGUUCUAAUACGUAUGCUGCAAACUAAAUUACGCACUUGUGUCCCAGAGUUAUGUAUUCGAUUUACCAAACCGCAAAAAUAAAUUGUGAAAUCCAACUCAUUUCCACCCACACCGCAAAUAUUGAUCGACAUUCGAGGCUGCAUCCGUUCGAAAUUAGCCCACAAACAUUUGCAAACAAAC